CGAAUCUCUUCAAUGUGUAUCAGAACAUUACGAGCAACAAAUUUACAGUACAUGCAGCCACGUCAAGUUUACGGCUACCCAUCUACAGUCAACACAACGCUUAUCUUCCUUUUCAUUUUUAUCCUGUGCUUUUUCCCAGGCGUUUUCUUCAGCAUCCUCAGAUUGCCCCUCCACCAGUUGAAGCUGGGCUCGCCUCCCUCCAAAGAUUGCUCUCCUAACAAUCCUGCGACUGCCACACCGUCUCCGACCAUGUCGUGGUUCCAGAAGUCGUUCACGUUGCCUUCAAAGUCUCGUGGCUCAUAUUUGAUCACGGACAUUGUUGUUAAGGAGCUGCCGGAGAUCAAGAACUACAAAGUUGGAAUCCUGCACUUGUUCGUGCAGCACACAUCGUGUGCCUUGAGCAUGAACGAGAACUGGGAUAGCGAGGUCAGAGAGGACAUGACAGAUGCACUGGAGCGAAUUGUGCCGUACGACAAGAAAGGCAAUCUGUACAGGCAUAGUGCGGAAGGCGAGGAUGACAUGCCGGCACACAUAAAGUCAGCAUUGAUUGGAUCAAGUGUAACAAUACCAAUCACCAAUGGUCGACUGAAUACGGGCACAUGGCAAGGAAUUUGGUACUUGGAAUUCAGAGCAAGCAAACACUCCAGGACACUAGUGGCUACAAUACAAGGAGAAAAGGCAUAAGACUCAUCCAGUGCCUCUGAUGCACAUCAAGCGACCUGGAGUGAGUACUACCGAGGUGCUUGCGUUGACCGCAGAGCAGCUCCUACUCAGUCCAAAACACAGGACUUCUAGACAUUUGCUAGUGCAUUUUUCUGCGCUUCCAGUCAAAAUCGAAUUUACGUAGCAGCAUAUACUCGAAUUGAGUAUGUAGUUCUGAUCUCAACCAAUUCAUUGCUUCGCGUUGUGAAUCUUCCGUUCCGAACUGUCCUCGUUCCAGGUCGGUUGUCGAGUGUCCAUGGUAAGAAGCAUUGCUUCUUCCGUUGCAUUAUGAUUGGAUAUACACGCGACCAAGCAUCA